AUGAAGGCUGCCACUAUCCUCUCUCUGCUGCCUUUGGCAAUCGCUGCCCCGGCCUCCAAGCGUGCCGGUGGCCCUGCCCCCCUCCUGAAGCCCCGUGAUGCUGGUGACAACCUGAUUCCCGGCCAGUACAUCGUCAAGAUGAAGGAAGGCAUGAGCACCGCCUCCAUCAGCGAUGCCCUGACCCUCUUCCCUGGUGACGCUGAACACGAGUGGCACGAGGGUUCCUUCAAGGGUUUCGCCGCCAAGAUUAGUGAUGAGGAUCUUGCCAGAAUCCAGGACCACCCGGAUGUUGAGUACGUUGAGCAGGAUGCUGUUGUCACCCUCAACGCCUACACCACCCAGACCGGCGCUCCUUGGGGUAUCUCUCGUAUCUCCCAUUCGAGCCGUCAGACCACCAGCUACACCUACGAUGACAGCGCUGGCACUGGUGUCUGUGCCUACGUCAUUGACACUGGUAUCCUGACCACCCACAACCAAUUCGCCGGACGUGCUACGUUCCUCCAGAACUACGCCGGUGACGGCUCCAACACUGACGGCAACGGCCACGGUACUCACGUCGCCGGAACCAUCGGUGGUACCACCUACGGUGUCGCCAAGAAGGUCAGCCUCUUCGCUGUCAAGGUCCUCAACGCCCAGGGCUCCGGUACCAACUCCGGUGUCAUCUCCGGCAUGAACUUCGUCGCCUCCGACGCCCGCACUCGCAACUGCCCCAACGGCGCCGUUGCCAACAUGUCGCUCGGUGGUAGCAAGUCGACUGCUGUCAACAGCGCCGCCGCUGCCAUGGUCAACGCUGGUGUCUUCUUGGCCGUCGCCGCCGGUAACGACGGUGCCAACGCCGCCAACUAUUCGCCUGCCUCUGAGGCUUCCGCCUGCACCGUCGGUGCCACCACCAGCGCUGAUGCCCUUGCCUCAUACUCCAACUUCGGUGCCGUCGUCGACAUCCUCGCCCCCGGCUCCAGCAUCCUGUCCUCGUGGAUUGGUAGCAACUCUGCCAGCAACACCAUCUCCGGUACUUCCAUGGCCUCCCCCCACGUUGCCGGUCUCGCUGCCUACCUCCUGGCCCUCGAGGGUGAGAGCACCCCUGCUGCCCUUUGCACCCGCAUUGGCACCCUGGCCACCAAGAACGCCAUCAGCGGUGUUCCCUCCAGCACCAAGAACUACCUUGCCUUCAACGGCAACCCCUCCGGUUAA